AUGAAUCCAGAUAUAUCUCCACCGCCCAAACCCGAGAAGGCUGAUGAGCCAAAUAUCGGAUUAGACAACGACAAAAGCCCAACGUCCGAUGAUGUGGAGAGGGAUGAAGCGGAUGAGGUCCGUAGGUCUGUCCAAGCCUACUCACCAGAGGAAGCAAAGCGGAUAUUGAGAAAAGUCGACUAUCGACUCAUUCCACUGCUUACCUUACUUUAUCUGCUUGCCUUCAUCGAUAGAGGAAACAUUGCAAAUGCCAAAAUUGCCGGUCUGGAGAGGGAUUUGCAUUUGGUAGGCUAUCAGUACAAUAUAGCAUUGACACUCUUCUUUGUUCCGUACGGUCUAUUUGAAGUUCCUAGCAAUAUAAUUCUUAAAAUCUUGCGGCCGUCAGUAUGGAUUGCUAUCAUGAUGCUGGGCUGGGGCACCGUUACUACAUUGUUGGGAGUAGUCCAGAGUUACCAGGGUCUGCUUAUUGCUAGAUUCUUCCUAGGUGUAGCCGAGUCUGGCUUCUUUCCAGCAGCUACCUAUCUUUUGACAAUAUGGUACAAGCGUUAUGAAGUUCAGCAUCGAAUGGCAAUCUUUUACGGUUCUGCUUCCUUGUCUGGAGCAUUUUCAGGCCUCCUUGCGUUCGCCAUUCAAAAGAUGCACGGUAUUGCAAAUCUUGCGGGAUGGCGUUGGAUAUUCAUACUUGAAGGCCUUUUACCUGUUGCUUUCUCCAUUGUGAUCUGGUUUAUACUACCGGACAGCCCUGAGAGAGCGAAGUUUUUAACCAAGGAAGAGAAGGAGUUCAUUAUAAACAGACUAUCUCUCGAGACGGGUUCUGGGCAAGGCCGAGUUACUAACAAUGAUAAGAUCACUCCCAGACAUGUCCUAGCUGCCUUCAAAGAAUGGAAGAUCUACUGCGCUAUACUAAUGUUCUGGGCGAAUACUAUUGGCGUGUAUGGAUUCACUGCAACGGUGCCUACAGUUAUCAAUGAUCUUGGAUAUACUGCAGCGCAAGCUCAGCUGUUAACAAUACCCAUAUAUGUUGUAGCAACAAUAGGGAUUCUAGUAUUCGCUUACCUCUCCGAUCGCUACGAACAGAGAACUCCAUUUAUCAUUGCUGGAAAUACAAUUGCCCUUUUGGGAUUUGCAGCACAGCUAGCCAUUCCACAUCCUCGAUACCCUGGUUUGACAUAUGGAAUGUUGUUCCUGGUUGCAUCUGGACUGUACUCAGCGUUCACCCCUGUACUAUGUCUAGUUGCUAAUAAUCUUGCGCCCUCAUCUAAGCGAGCCGUUGGAAUGGCUAUUCUGAUUUCCAUUGGUAACUGGGGUGGCAUAGCUGGGUCGAAUAUAUACCUUGCUAAAGAGAAACCAAAGUAUCCGACAGGUUUUGGAGUGUCUUUGGCGAUAUGUGGAAUUGCAAUUAUAACAGCUAUAUUCCUGCGAGUGGAAUUCAAGAGGGUGAACGGCCAGCGGGAUAAGCUGAUUGCGGAACAGGGUGAAGAAAACAUCAGAGCUAGGUAUACGGAGAAGGAGUUGUUAGAUAUGGGUGACUUGAGCCCAUUUUUCAGGUAUACCCUUUGA